AUGAUCAAAGGAUCCUGCACGCGAAUAAAACAUUACGUCGAGACAAUUACUGCUAUCAAUACCUCGACAACGGCUCAACUUGAGGAGCGCAAAUUAAAACUAGAACAUUAUUGGGCCGAAUAUCACACUGUACAGACGCAAAUAGAACUUUUAGAAGAAGCCGAAGGUAACGAUCGGGCUACGUUCGAGGACGCAUUUUAUGCCGUAUCCGCUAAAAUCAGGGAGUUAUUAAGCCCCCCCCCGCACUCGCGCACUGCCGCUGUUUUGCCGGCAACGCUUUCGGAAAUCUCGGACGCAACUUCCCGCGUGCGCUUACCUAAAUUAAAUUUACCGACAUUUUCGGGGAAAUAUGACGAGUGGUUCCCGUCCUUCGAUACAUUCACGUCGGUCAUACAUACGAACGCGUCUCUCAGUUGCAUACAAAAGUUUCAAUAUUUAAAGGCCUCUCUCACAGGCGAUGCGAGCAGCGUAAUUAAUUCUCUAGAGAUUUCGGACGCGAAUUACAAUGCAGCGUGGAAUCUUCUUAAAGAGCGGUACGAUAACAAACGGGUAAUCGUGCAAAAUCAUAUCAAGGCCAUUAUAGAAUUACCUUCCAUGACAAGGGAAAAUUAUACCGAGUUAAGGCAAAUCGCGGAUGGCGCAACAAAGCACAUACACGCGUUGCAAGCUCUAAAGCGACCCACCGCGUAUUGGGACGAUAUUUUAAUACACGUGCUAUGCUCGAAAUUCGAUCCCCUCACACUACGCGAGUGGCAAUCUUCGCUUACGGGUAACGAAUUACCAACGUCCAAACAAUUCUUCGAUUUUAUCAGACGACAGUGUCAGAUGCUCGAAGUCACAAACAAAUCUAGCAACGUCGCGAACGUCAAGGACAACGGGAAGGAUGUGCCAAGGCACACGCCAAGCGUCAAACAGCAUGCGCAGCUACCGUCAAGUUAA